AUGCGCUGCCACUGGCGCGCCCACGGCUACCUGUGCAAGUACCAGUUCGAGGGCUUGUGCCCCGCGCCGCGCCCCGGGGCCGCCUCUGACUUGAGCUACCGCGCGCCCUUCCAGCUGCACAGCGCGGCGCUGGACUUCAGUCCCCCCGGGACCGAGGUGAGUGCGCGCUGCCCGGGGCAGCAAUUCACCACGGCCACCUGCAUCGUGGACGGGGUCGGCGCUCGCUGGGACGGGAUACCCUCCGGGGCUGUGCUCUGUCCCUGCCCCGGGAGGUACCUCCGCGCAGGCAAAUGCGCAGAGCUCUCUAACUGCCUGGACGACAUGGAAGGCUUUGUCUGCGAGUGUGCUGCGGGCUUCGUGCUGGGGGAAGACGGACGCUCUUGUGUAACCUACGGAGAAGGACAGCCGGACCCGGGGGGAGCCAAGGGGCCCACCAGGCACCCCCUGGCCACUGCAGCCAGCCCCAUGCCGAGGAGAACAUGGUCACCCAGGGGCCCUGAAAAACCAGGAGAGAUGCCCCAGAUCCCUGGACAAGGCAGUUCAGCAACAUCUAUUUCUGAGAUUCCUGGGUGGGGAGCAAAGAGCACGAAGCCCACCCUGCAGAUGUCCCCUCAAGCCAACUCAGAGGCCACCAUCACUUCUCCAGGAAGCGUGAUUCCCACGUCUAAUGCCACGUCUUCCUCUAACAUGCCCAAGGCUUUGGACUCCUCCUCCACCGUGGUCUUCAUACUUGUGAGCAUAGCAGUGGUAGUGCUGGUGAUCUUGACCAUGACAGUGCUGGGGCUUUUCAAACUCUGCUUUCACAAAAGCCCUUCCUCUAGGCCAGGAAAGGGGCCUCUGGCCCCUCCUGGGGUGGAGAGUGGUGCGCAGGCUACUGCUCUGAGCUCCAAUUCGGCACAGGACGCAAUGGGGUGAAGUCGCAGGCUGCGGGACAGAGCAGAUGGCGCCUCACUGAUUGGGUCCUCUUUUGACUCGGAAGUCACAUAGAGGAAGGGGACAGUGAGCACUUCUUGUGAGUAGUUUUUCACUCUCAACGAAAAGGGGAACGGAGAAGAGGGGCUUAUCUGUGGAACUGGUGAUUUCUGCAGAAGUUCCCUUCCCCUAUUCCCUCUACCCCACGGGGGAGCUACAUCCGAACUGGAUGCUCCGUUUCUAAUGCGGAAGAGGUGGGAGUGCCUUAGGCGGUACUGAGCCCAGGAUUCUACCCGGGAGAGGGCUUUUCCUGUGGAUUUGAAGAAGUGAUUGGACUUUUUAAGAUACUGAAAGCAUAUAGAAAACAAUACAAUAUUUUACAUUUUAUUUUUUACCACGAUGGAAAGAAAAACUCUGUUCAGAAUGGGAAUAUAUUGAUUUAAAAAUCCCAGGCAAAAAAAUAAAUAAAUAAAGGAUUGUUGAUAACCCAGACUCAAAUGUCAUUGGUUUCCUGGAGGAGUAAUUAUUUAGGAAGAGCAGCUGAGGAGCUCGCUGGACAUGGCAGCAAGAGUACGUCCUGCCUUUAGGUUGAGGGGGGAAAUGUUAAGAACUAGUAACUUCUUCCUUGUUUUCUUUUUUUAAAUAUAUUUUGCUUUCAAAGUUACUGCUAUGUGUGUGCUCUGCUAGAAAUCUAAACUGCAGUGUUGCCAAAUUCGCUGGCUCUAGAAGCAAAUUAUAGUUGACCACGCAUUCAAGUGUUUACUGUGUGUCCUUGCUCAAGGAAACAAAUGGUUUGUUUUGCUCUCCCAAUGUUUGUGCUCUCCAGUGUAAUGACCUUCCCAACCAAAUAGCCCUCUCCUGAGUAUCACGAUGCUGAUGCUCGCUUCCAAUUAUAGCAAUGUUAGUUUUCAAUUGAAACAUUAAUGCUAAGUAUUGAUUUGAAAUCUUCUGGGUGCAUUAAAGCAAAAGUAAGCUGGAUUUCCUCCAAAGUUGCUGGUACUUGUGCACUGUUUAAUCCAUGGAAAAACUUGAAUUCCAGACCAUUUCCUCCCCCACUUAAUAAAAGCAUGUGUAGUGACCAUA